AGAGUGGAAUUACACGAAAGAAAAGCACAAAGAAGGGCAUGUAAUGGGAGUGUAGCCACGUCAUCUCCAUAGCUUUCCCUUUCUACAAUAAAAAGACCAAAUAUUUGAAUCAAAUUCUCUUAAUACAAUAGCAGCUACUAACCUCAAACAACUUCCUUCACUUCUCACUGCUUCCUGUUUCUGUACAAAUUGUUCACUUCUUUUCUACCAAGAAAAAAACAGAUAUUAUUUCUACUCCUAUUUGCUUUUCUUUUUACCUUUUCUGCUCACUCCCCUUCAUUCACUUCAGUGGUUCAAUUAAUAAGCAACAAUGGCAAACUUGAUGGAGCACUGUAUUUCAAAUUUGGGAGUGUCGUGUCGUGGAAAGAUUGUCUUUUUACUCGUUCUCUGAUUGCGUUCAAGGUCGCUAUCUGGAAAAAUGUCCGGUGGGGAGGGCAGAAAACUAUCGAAUCAAGAUGUACAGCUGGUGCAAAAUCGUAUUGAACAGUGUCUUCAGCAUUACAUGAAUAAAAAGGAAGUCAUUAACGCUCUCAUCGUUCAGGGCAACAUUGAGCCUUGUAUUACUGAAUUAGUUUGGCAGAGGCUUGAAGAAGAAAAUCAAGAAUUUUUCAAGGCUUAUUAUCUCAAGUUGUUGGUGAAGGAACAAAUAAUGGAAUUCAACCGGUUGCUUUCGGAACAGGUGGAGCUGAUGCGUCGAACCGGUUUAAAUGGGAUUACUCCUUACCUUCCAUCUAAUGGAUCACAUGUUUCACCAACACAGCAUAUCUCGACCACCUGUCCACAAAAUAAUUCCCGACCCGUGAAAGCGGAGAACAUGCAGCAGGCAAAUAUGUUUAAUAAUUGUGGAUCGGCAAUGCAGUCAUGCUUGCAAGGAACUAUUAACGGGCCUGUUCAUAAUAGAAAGAUCGAUGUUUCUCCAAACUUGCUGGUAGCUGGAAACUCGGACAUGGGGUUGUCUCAAAUGAUUAACGGGAAAAGUGUGAAGACAGAAGCUGGUUAUGCUGGUAGCUCGCCUUUCGCUUUUAGUCCACCUAGCAAUUAUCUGGAAUCACGUCCUCUGAUGGGCGAUGCGUCUGUGUCAUCUUUCAGUAGUGUAGAUUCUAACGCGCAGCAUCUUAAUGACACUCUCAUGGACGGCGACACUUCCUCCUUUGGAUUCUUGGCGCAAAUUCCGCAAAGUUUCCCUGAGUUGGCAGCUGAUUUCACCACCAGUUCUGAUUUACUGGAGAGUUACUGUGGGCCUUCCUUCCUACCAGCAGAUGCCAACAACUUUGUGAACCCCCACGGGGAUGUCGAGAAUUUGGACCCUGAUUCCGAAAGUCUGAGAUUUCACUGCUUUGGUGGUGACUGACUGGAUAUCCCAAGGUUUUUGUGUGAUUGAAUGCUGAAUUCUCGGACAACGCCUUCUCCAUUGCCUGCCUGUUCUACUUACUGAGCUUCUCGUCGUUCUGUAAUGUCGUCGCGCUGCAGGUUCUUGUACAUCUGGCUGAUACCAACAAAUUGCUUCACUUUGAAUCCAUCUCAACAGAAGUAGUUUGAUUUUGGAGUCAGAUUUAAUGACUUAUUUUCCAUUUUGGGUGUUUUAGUUGUAUGCUUUUUGUUAGGUUUCACCUACAUUUAUGGAAAUCUUGAUGUAUAAUGUUGCUAAAGUUGUAUAAAUAGGGCAGUGUUUGUGUACAUUGUAUUUGUUUUUUUGGGCUUAGAAGUCAUGUUUCUUUUUUUGUAUUAAGAAGCCUUUUCAUUUUGUGCAGCUCACCUAGUAUUUAUUA